AUGGGUGGGGGGGGGGGGACGCUGAGGCACGGGAGGCUAUUGGAGCGAGAGAGAGUCGCAAGACCACAUAAACAUAUUAGAACUUCGAGCAGCAUUCUUUGCCUUCAAGUCCUUCUUGCCGAGUCAGACAAGAGGUCUGGGAGUGGUGCGAGAAGAGGAAUAUAUUUCUUCUUUCACAGCACAUCCCGGGCAAGACAAAUAUCGAGGCGGAUGCAGAGUAGCGGGUGAAACGCGAUUUGAACGACUGGAGCAUACAUCCAAAAGUUAUGGCUCCUUUAAUGCACGGUGGACUGUUUGCCUCUCGGCUGACGCAUCAACUAGAACAGUACGUCAGUUGCAGGUCGGACCCGAACGCAAUGCACAUCGAUGCGUUCACGAUGAACUGGUCGAACCUGGUGCCAUAUGCCUUCCCUUCAUUCAGUCUACUUCCAGCAGUACUUCACAAAGCCAGAAAGGAGGCAGCAACGCUAGUGUUGGUUGCACCUUUAUGGACCGCACAGCAAUCUCACCGUCAAUUUCACGUCCACCACAACCUAGGCACCAACGCAAUUGGGAUGUUUCUGGUGAUAAUAGUGCAAUUACUUAUUAUAAUAUGAUAAUAGUGCAAUUACUAUAG